AUGGGGGCAGUGUUGUCGGCCAUAUCUUUCAAACCUUUGUCUAUAUCAUUAUUCAUUCUACUGAUUCUCUCUUCUAAAAUAAGAAAAACAAACGCUGCACAUCUCUUUCUCUUUCUCACAACACACUCACACACUAUUCAUCAUCUCUCUCUCAUCCUCACACGCUCGCCCCUCCCAUCUGCCCUCUCUUUCCAUCACGUUUCCGGCAGCCUCUUCUCCCUCCAAGAUCUGCCGCCGCCGCCUGCUCUAACCUCGGCGAGAAUCGCCGGCUCCGACGCCUCCCUCACUCAUCGCCUCCUCCUUCUCGCCUCAACCUCUAUCUCUCUCGCUCUCUCGGCCGCUGGACCCAGGCGCAGCAGCCACCACCACCGCGGUGUGCCGCCAUCGCCGGGCCGCCGCCUGCUCCCUCAUCCUCGCGGCAGAUCCGCCGCCGUUGGCUUGCCCGGAGUCGCCGCUGGCUGGCCCGCGAUCGACGGCCAGCAGCUCGCUGGAGGAGCGCCGCCGCCGGCCGCUGCUGUUGGCAGCAAGAGCCCGGCAGCCGCCUCUCCCGGAGCCGCCGUCGCCGUGAGUCGUCGGAUUCGCUGUGAGGAGCCGAGCACCGUCUCACAAAGAUCGGAGACAACGGCAGGUUCACCGCCGCCGCUCCGUCGCCGGCGACGAGCCACCGCGGCUGCCGCCUCCCUCUGAUUUCGACUCACACACACAGUAGGUUCAAGCCACAAUUUAGUUCACAAAAUAGCAUAGGAUUUUGAGCAGAAAUCAAAUACUGUAAAUGCUUAUUGAAAUCUGAAAUUCUUUUCUUGAAACUGAACUAGUCUAUAAAUUUCAGUUCA